AUGUUGGCGGGAAGCAAUGCGCGCAUCCUGCGCUACAUUGUUGUUGCUAGCAUUACGUUAAUGCUCUUCUACCUCUUCAACUCCCACCACGAUACCCUCCCGCGACCCGUCCCUGCCCCUGAUCAAGCCCGAGCCGGGUCUCAACCGAAUCCGCAAAACGUUGCUGCCGUAGACCGCAACGUCGAUUCUACGCAAAAGCCCAUACCCGUCGAUCGCGACCGCCAAGACGCCGAGUCUUCCAAGCCGCCCGCCAGCCCAAGCAUGAAGGAUGCGCCGUCGUCCAUGCUCGACGGUACCGACCCUGGCCCCCGCGCCAACGCCACCUUUGUCACCCUCGCCCGUAACGCCGACGUAUGGGAUAUUGCGCGCUCGAUCCGCCAGGUGGAGGACCGCUUCAACCGGCGCUUCAACUACGACUGGGUCUUUCUCAACGACAAGCCCUUUGACGAAAACUUUCGCAACAUUACCUCGGCGCUCGUCUCCGGCACGGCGCGCUUUGGCCAGAUUCCCAUUGAGCACUGGUCGGUGCCUGACUGGAUCGAUGAGGACAAGGCUAAAAAGGUGCGCGAGGACAUGAAGGAGCGCAGAAUCAUCUAUGGCGACUCGACCAGCUACCGCCACAUGUGCCGCUUCGAGUCCGGCUUCUUCUUCCAGCACCCCAUUAUGCAAAACUAUGACUUUUACUGGCGGGUCGAGCCCAGCAUUGAGCUCUUUUGCGACAUUCCCCGAGACCCCUUCCGCUUUAUGAAAGAGAAUGCGAAAAAGUACAGCUUCACCAUCAGCCUGCUCGAGUACGUCGACACGAUUCCGACGCUCUGGGACAGCACCAGGAAGUUUAUGGAAAACUAUCCCCAGCAUGUGGCCACCGACAACUCGAUGGAGUUUCUGAGUGACGAUGGCGGUCAAACCUACAGCAUGUGCCACUUUUGGUCCAACUUUGAGAUUGGAAGCCUCGAGUGGAUGCGCAGUGACGCCUACGUCGACUUUUUCAACUCGCUGGACCAAGACGGUGGCUUCUUCUACGAGCGCUGGGGCGAUGCUCCCGUUCACUCGAUCGCCGCCGGCAUUCUCCUCAACAAGACAGAACUCCACUUCUUUGAUGAGAUUGCCUACUUCCACAUGCCCUUUACGCACUGCCCCAACGAUGCGCAGUCGCGGAUCGACCUCAAGUGCCACUGCAACCCCAAGGACAACUUUGACUGGAGCAGGUACUCGUGCACUGCGAGGUAUUUUGAGAUGAUGGGUUUGCAGAAGCCCGACGGCGUGGACUGA